AUGGCAGCACAUUUAAAAUCUCGAAAAGUUGGCAAAUAUGGGCCGAACAUAGCUGCAAUCGGUUUUGGUCUCAUGAGCCUUGGUGGUGCGCACGGACAAGUAGACCCCAGCAAGGAUAAACUUGCUGUGUUGGAUCGGGCAUGGGAACUGGGUGCCACCAAUUGGGACACAGCCGACGUGUACGGUAAUAAUGAAUUAAUGGUCGGGGAUUGGUUCCGGAUUCAUCCCGAGAGGAGAAGCGACAUUUUCUUGGCAUCCAAGUUCGGUCUGAUUCCACGAAUGGAAAAUGACGGCAGACUCGUUUUCGAUGUCGACAGCAGCCCUGAAUACUGUCGCAAGGCCUGCGAGCAAAGCUUGAGCAGAUUGGGCGUUGAUUCCAUUGACCUGUUCUACAUUCACCGCGUGGACGGAAAGACUCCAAUUGAGAACACCAUCAAAGAGAUGGUGAACUUGAAGAGUGAAGGGAAAUUCAAGUAUUUCGGUAUUUCCGAGUGCUCUUCCGACACCUUGCGUCGUGCAUCAGAUGUUCACCAUAUUACCACCAUUCAAGUGGAAUACAAUCCCUGGGCCCUUGAAGUAAAAGGACCCUCGGGUACCUUUCUCCUUCAAGCUGCCCGUAAGCUUGGCACAGCUGUGUUCUGCUACUCGCCUCUUGGUCGUGGCAUACUGACCGGACGUUACAAGUCAGCCGAUGACCUUGAGCCUACAGAUUUUCGUAGAUCUCUUCCACGUUUCCAAAAUGAGAACUUCUCCAAGAACCUGGAAAUUGUGGAGAGAUUCAAGGCAAUGGCCGACGAGAAAGGGUGUUCUACUGGACAAUUGGUCCUGGCUUGGAUACUUGCGCAAGGCAAAGACAUGUUUCCUAUUCCAGGAACCAAGAAUCUGAAAUAUCUGGAAGAGAAUGUAGGGUCUCUGAGCAUCAAUCUCAGCCAGGAGGAUAAUGUGGCACUCCGUCAGAUUAUCGAAGAGGCUGAUAUCGCCGGGGACAGGGGGCCAGGUCCAAGCGCGUACGCUGAUACGCCUUUGCUAUAA